AUGAUCAGUUCGCUUACCACCAUCCUGGUUGUUACCAUCAGUGGUGACAUAUUUGGCAAUCUUUUGGUCAUCACAUCUGUCGUCAGGAACAAGAAACUGCGCAAAGCGGGAAAUGCUUUUGUGGUCAGCCUUGCCGUGGCAGACCUGCUGGUUGCAUGUUACCCCUUUCCACUGGUUCUGCUUGCAAUCUUCAACCGAGGCUGGAGAAUGGGCCACAUUCACUGCCAACUGAGUGGCUUCUUUAUGGGACUCAGCCUAAUAAGCUCGGUCUUUAACAUCACCGGAAUUGCUGUCAACCGCUACUGCUACAUCUGCCACCGCAGCUACUAUUCUCGCCUUUUCUCCAACACCAGCACUAUAUUGUAUGUGGGAUUGGUAUGGACACUGGCUCUAGCAGCCAUCUUGCCAAAUCUCUUUGUGGGAUCACUGCGCUACGACCCACGUGUCUUUUCCUGCACGUUUUCACAGUCUGUCAAUUCUUUUUACACCCUUGCCAUUGUGAUCUUCCAUUUCUUUUUACCAAUCAGCGUGGUCAGUUUUUGCUACCUACGGAUAUGGACGACAGUCCUUAAUAUUCGACACAGGGUCAAGCCAACAAGGAAUGUUCAGGUGCAGACAUGUGCGUAUAGUAUACACAGUUUUAUCACUAUGUUCAUAGUCUUUGUGUUGUUUGCAGUGUGCUGGGGACCUUUGAACAUCAUUGGACUCUUGGUGGCCUUAAGCCCACACCUAGAAGAAUCAAUCCCAUGCUGGUUCUUUGUGGCCAGCUACUUUAUGGCAUAUUUUAACAGCUGUCUCAAUGCAGUGGUCUAUGGGGCACUGAAUAAGAACUUCCGGCGAGAAUACAAGAGAAUCAUCCUGAAGAUAUUUCAAAUAACUUAA